CAGGAACCGGUUUGUGGUCUUGAAUGAAACUUGCUGUCAAGACUGUUAACUGUGUCUGUUUUUAUCACUCACUUUUGGAAGUGUCAAACAUGUCCAACACAACAGUCAAGCAGAAGAGGCCCGCACUGAAAGUCACCAAUGCAUCUAAAACACUGAAUGUGUCAUCUGGAAUAUUCCGUGUGAAUCAAAGCAUUACAAAAAGCAUCAGCAGGAAGAGCUUCAGUUCAGUAGGCGACAGUAAAAUUCUGGACAAGAGCUCUGCCCAAAUACCAAAGCAUACUGUGCAGGUGUUUGACGAAAAUGGGCAGGAAGUCACUCCUCAGCCAUUAUAUCAUCCAGAUCCUAGUGGUUUACAGUCUAAACAAGGCAAACUUUUCACCACACAUGACACAUCAUGGGCUACCAUGACAGACUUUCAGACAACCAAUGCAAGCUCUGCUGGACCAUUUACAAGGUCUUUUUUUGGGAGCAUUUCAGCAUCCAGAAUGAGCCACUCAGUGGAAUCAGUGGCUGAUGAAACUGAAGACUUGUUAGUAAAACAGGACCUGUCCAGUAGUCUUACAGAUGUUCAGGGUCCUAUAGAGGAGGUGAUGGAGUACAUGUUGGAUAGUGUGGCGGACUGUUACCUGACUGAAACAGAGACCUUCUGGCUGCUAGAUAUACCUGCAGUGUCCGUCUCAGCAGAUUCAGAAGAUGCUGAGGCAGUCAAGGAAAGGAAUGACGCAUACAUAGAGCUGUGCAAAAACAGACAGGGCAAUGAUAAGUAUGUGGAGCGCUCAAUGCAGACAUUCAGUGGUGCGCCAAAGACGAAGGAGGUCCAAAGUGAUAGCAUUUCCAUGGUAGACAAAGCUAUCAUGUCUUCCACCUGGAAUAUGUAUGAUUCAUUCUGCAGUGGGAGUACAGAGGUCAGUGGAGAGACAGUAGUGUCUUCUGAUGGAAAGAAGGCUGCUGUCCCAGACACAUCCUCCAUGAGUCACCAGCCUAAUCCCGAGGGCCCUGACCAGAGUACAUCUGUGGUCAGCAUCACCAGUACAGCCAGUAGCUUGAGCUCUCAUCUUGAAAUCGAAGCCUUUGUGCUUCAGGUGGAGGAACAGCCAGACUCUGAGCUGAUCUUACAAUCUGACAAAUUCAAACAGGAUCUGGCUGUGAUGGAAAGGGUGGUUCUGGAGAACAUCUUCCAGCCCAAGCUUGCUGCAUACAGACAGCUGCCUGUUAUAGAAGAUCCGGACUGUGCACGGACGGCAGAAGACCCGGAGAUUUGGACGAAGCAAUCUAAAAACUCUCUGGGCCCAUUUCUGGAGCACCUCUGGGCCUUCAAGUGUGAACUCACUAUGGGGCGAAAUGUCAGCAGUAUGGCCUGGAACAAGAAAAACCCAGAUCUUCUUGCUGUGGGAUAUGGACAGUUUAAUUUCAAAGAUCAGAAAUCUGGACUUGUGUGCUGCUGGUCUUUAAAGAACCCUACGUGGCCUGAGAAAAUCUUUCAUUGUGAGAAUGGAGUAACUGCGCUGGAUUUCUCGGCUUGUAUUGCCAGUCAGCUGGCAGUAGGAAUGUAUGAUGGCAGCAUUGCCAUCUACAACACACAGAGCACAGAACAAACACCCAUCAUUGACAGCAGUGACUGCACCAACAUACACACAGGUCCAGUGUGGCAGGUCAAAUGGAUUGAUCAUGAGACAGCCCUGUCUGGCGAGGAGAAAGGGGAGACACUCAUCUCUGUGUCAGCUGAUGGAAGAAUCAGCAAGUGGUUUCUCUGCAAAGGCCUGGAAUGCAUUGAUCUGAUGAAACUAAAGAAGACCAAAAUGAGGAGUGAGAGACGUCCAAAACCUGAUAAAAGAGAAGAACUGUUUGAAGUGCUGAUCUCACAGCACACUUCAGGGAUGUGCUUUGAUUUCCAUCCUAAUGAUUUAAAUAUCUACCUGGCUGGAACAGAGGAAGGUCAAAUUCACAAGUGCUCCUAUUCAUAUAAUGAGCAGUUCUUGAAUACUUACACAGCCCACAAAGGUGCUGUUUAUAAGAUAACAUGGUCACCGUUCAGUCCAGAUAUUUUCCUAAGCUGUUCCUCAGACUGGACUAUUCAACUGUGGAGACAGGAUCUGCUGAAACCAGUCCUGAGUUUCACAUCUGGCCAGAAGGCUGUGUAUGAUAUCAUGUGGUCCCCACGCUGUGGUACUGUCUUUGGAGCAGUCAGUGAGGGUCGGGUGGAGAUCUGGGAUCUAAGAGUCAGCAUUUUGGACCCAACCAUUGUGAGCGUGACCAGCCCAGGAGUGAAAGCGACUGCUCUGCUGUUCACCCAUGAGACAGACUGUGUUCUGGUAGGGGACAGUGAGGGCCACGUCAGUGUGUACAAGCUGGAGAACUUCACAUCAGUUUGCAGCACACAGGCGGAUACACUGGAGGAUAUAAUUCAGUCUACACUGGCCAGUCACCUCUGAAGAGUGUUAGGACAGUUUGGACAGACUGAUAGAGGCUUGUUGUUGAUUUGUAGGCUGAAAAUCAAACAUUUCAAAUAACC